AUGGCCUCAAUUCUUCUGGAGGUGCCAUGGAUGAAGGAAAACUGCCGCUUGGUCUUGGCUUCAAGCAGCCCGCGGCGGCAAGAGAUCCUAGGACUCUUAGGAUUGCCGUUCGAUGUCAUCAAGCCAAAGUUUGCUGAGGACCUGGAUAAGUCGAAAUACACGCCGCGGGAGUACGUCAUGGCAAACGCACGCAUCAAAUGCGCGGAGGUGGUCAUGAAGCUCGCCCACCCCAGGCACCCCCUUUCCGAUGAGAUGGAAAGGAAGGUUGGAAUCGUCAUUGCUGCUAAGUUCCAUGCUGUAGCCAUUUGGCUCAGCCCGAAAGUCAUCGGAGCCGCACAGAGAGCCAUGCGUCCUUUCCUUGCUGCAUUCUUUGCUGCGCUGGUGGAUGCCAACAUCUUGACCUACGACACACUCCCGGUGAAUGCAGCGGGUACGUGGUUUGGGUCCGGGCCUAUGGUGGCCAAGUACGCCUGCUCCGACCCGAGCACCGAUGCCGGGUUGGAGGAGUGCCUCUCGGUUCUGCUCGCACCUAACGGCUACACCUCGGACUACCUGAAGCUGGUCUACGAGGCACCUGCCAUAACUGACCCGAGCAUCGCCAACGGAACCAAAUACGACCUGGUGCGCGUCAACGGCUCCACCGUCAAAGUCAAAGUCGGACAGUCAACUCCCAUGAUGGGCGGCAUGGAGGAUGGUGGGGACGGGUCCGAAUACAACGGCUUCCUGGUUGCCACGGACUUUGCGAGGCCAUGGGAACCGACUAGAAGUGCACUCCAGAUGAUGCUGGCACAGCUGAUCAUCAGCAACGGCUUCUUAGCAAGGUCUAUGCCGCUGUUCACCUACACCAACGACGGUGUGAUUGAUGACGACGGAUGCCUGGGGAUGGUGAACAACACCCCUGGCUUUGAUGCCACGACGCUUGCAGAGAAGUGCCCAGAUGUGAAGAAUCUCACCAGCGGGAUGUACAAGUACACAUUCAUUGCUUACCAGGAGUCGAGUUUCGAUUGCCCGAACUGCACUCUCACUUUCCGGAACAGGGUCGAGGUUGGCAUCUUCUCCACGAUCACCAUAAACUCGAACAAGACUCUCGACACCAUCGGUUCAACAGCAGUCUCGAAGAUCCGCUUCGAGGAUAGCUCGAACUCCAGCAUGUACCUCGAAAUCGAGCUGCCUUCUGUGGUGACGACCGGUCGCAAGGAUUCCCAGAUGUCAGAUGCAAACGGUGCCACUGUGACGGUGACGAAGAUCAGCGACACAUCCUUCUACUUGGAUUUUGAGAUGGCAGCUCCGGGAUCCGACAAUAUCGCCUUCUACGACCCUGCAGUCACGGGGCAGGGCCCCCCACCUCCUGACACAAGCAUCGGAUCUGGGUUCGCCUCCAGUCCCUGCCUGUGGGUCCUUUUGUCCUCCAUUCUGUGGAAGGAGGUACGCAUGUCCAAAAUCUUUGCGAAGCCAGGUUCUGACACUGUUGUCGUCCUGGGUGAGACCAUACUGGAGAAGCCCCAGGAAAACCACGCAAUUGCGCAGGACGAGGAGCAUGCCCUCCAGAUGCUGCAGUCGCUGAGGGGCCGUGAACACCAGGUGAUGACUGGUGUGGCCAUAUCUGUGGCUGGGUCAGAAGAUCCGGUCGCUAUUUGUGAAGUGUCUACCGUCUGCUUCGCCGACAGCUCAGACGAGGAGCUGAAGGCCUACAUCGCCACCGGGGAGCCCUUUGACAAAGCCGGUGUAGGGUACGGUGCUGAAUUUGACGAGCCGCCUAUUCUCGGGAACAAGUCUAGGACAGCUGAUGCUGAUGAUGCUGGCCGCGUGGGGCCUUUGCAACCACCCCAGCAAAGGCAGCUGAUGCUGAUGAUGCUGGCCGCGUGGGGCUGGAGAAGCCCCGGCGGACCAGCUGGGUCUUUGCAACCAGAACUUGUGUCCCCGGCAAGGGCAGCUGAUGCAGAUGAUGCUGGCCACGUGGGGCUAGACGCCCUGUUGCUUAUGAUGCUGGUGGCUUUUGCAACCACAACUUGUGCCCCCGGCAAGGGAUCAGCUGAUGAUGCUGGCCGCGUGGGGAUGGAGAAACCCCACCAGCUGGGUCUUUGCAACGACAACUUGUGUCCCCGGCAAGGGCAGCUGAUACUGAUGAUGCUGGCCGCGUGGCAGCUGAUGCAGAUGAUGUUGGCCACAUGGGGCGAGAGCCCUGUUGCCUAUGAUGCUGGUGGCUUUUGCAACCCCCACUUGGGUCCCCGGCAAAAGCGGCUGAUGCUGAUGAUGCUGGCCGCGUGGGGCUGGAGAAUCCCUGGCGGGGCAGCUUUGUCUUUGCAACCACAACUUGUGCCCCGCCCGGCAAGGGCGGCUCAUGCUGAUGAUGCUGGCCGCGCGGGUUGGAACGGCCUUGGCAGGGCAGCUGGGCCUUUGCAACCACAACUUGCGUCCCUGGCGGGGCAGCUGAUGCUGAUGAUGCUGGCCGCGUGGGGCUGGAGAAGCCCUGGCGGAGCAGCUGGGUCUUUGCAACCACAACUUGUGUCCCCGGCAAGGGCAGCUGAUGCAGAUGAUGCUGGCCAUGUGGGGCUAGAAACCCUGUUGCCUACGACCCUGGCGGGGCAGGUGGGUCUUUGCAACCACAUCUUGCGCCCCGCCCGGCAAAGGCAGCUGAUGUUGAUGAUGCUGGCCGCGCGGGGUUGGAGCCUUCGCAACCACAACUUGUUUCCCCGGCAAGGGCAGCUGAUGCUGAUGAUGCUGGCUGCGUGGGGCUGGGGAAACCUGGUAGCUGGGUCUUGCAACCACAACCGGUGUCCCCGGCAAGGGCAGCCGAUGCUGAUGAUGCUUGUCGCGUGGGGCUGGAGAAACCCUGGCCUGGCGGGGCAGCUGGGUCUUUGCAACCACAUCUCGUGCCCCGCCGGGCAAGGGCAGCUGAUGCUGAUGAUGCUGGCCGCGCGGAUUGGAGACGCCUUGGCAGGGCAGCUGGGUUUUUGCGACCACAACUUGUGUCCCCGGCAAGGGCAGCUGAUGCAGAUGUGGCAGCUGUUGCUUAUGAUGCUGGCGGGCCCUUGCAACCACAACUUCUUUCCCCAGAAAGGGCAGCUGAUGCUGGUGAUGCUGGGGCUGAAGAGGCGACAGCUGUUGCUUAUGGUGCUGGUGCAACCACAACUUGUGUCCCCGGCAAAGGCAGCUGAUGCUGGCCGCAUGGGGCUGGAGCGGGUGGCAGCUGUUGCUUAUGUGGGUAGCCGGCUCUUCGUUGCUGCGGUUGUCGUUUUGUGCGCGAUCGUCUAUGCGAGCAAUGUCCAUUCCGUCCGCUCGGCCUCUCUGUCUGACUUGGAGUGGGGAAGGCGUGCAAAGGGCGCGGCCAUGUAUGUGAAGAGUAUGGAAGAGACGGCGCUGACCAUGGUUAGCCAUUACAGUGAAGUGCCGGGAAUGAAUGAGGUUGACAUGCACGAUUUCCUGAGGGUCUUCACGACCAGCGUGCUCCAGCCCGAGCUCAACUCCCAAGGCUAUGCUCGCAUAGUGCGGGCCACGGACUCAGCAGUGGUCAUCGGGGACUUACAUGGACAGCUCUUCAACUUGAUCGCCUUCCUCCAUGUUAUCAAGGAACAGGUGACCGCAAAGGCGGACCACAAGGUGCUUCCCGAAUCCAAGCUCCUGAUCUGCGACCCGAAGUUUCAAUAUGUCUUCAUGGGAGACUACGUGGAUCGAGGUGAACGAAGUGUGGAGGUCGCCACGCUCCUCUUCUCCUACAAGGCCCUCUGCCCCGAUGGCGUAAUCCUUCUUCAAGGCAACCACGAGAGUCAGAGUGCGAAUUCCAGGUACGGUUUCGACCGGGAGGUUGUGCACAAGCUAAAAUCUGAGAGCUUGUACAAUGACUUCAACCAGGCCUUCGCGAAGCUACCCUUCGUGGCCGUGGCCAAAGAGCUCUUCAUGGCAACUCACGGGGGGUUCUCCCAAUCUUUUGUUAGGCAGUGCUCCGAAACACAAGCUGACUUCCAGCAGUGCUUAUCUUACAACAUUGGGUCGGAGAUGGUUUGGUCAGAUCCACACGCAGGAACAGGAUGGGCUAAUUCCCAGCGGGGUGGGAACAUCAAGAAGCACGGGAAGGAUAUCACUAAAAACUUCCUCCAAGGGAACGGACUGAGGAGGUUGCUGCGAGGACAUGAACAAGUGGACAAGGGGAUUGAGACCCUGAAGCUUGGCGACGACUUUGUGGUGAACACCAUCUUCUCUUCAGCCGACUAUGUGGGGAUCUUUUGUAUCAACGAGAGAGACAACCAGCCUCUGCGACUUCCGAGUUGGGAUCCAAAGAUGUUCACUGGGGGUGGGGACAGGAACAAAGGAGGAAUCAUGUUCGUCGACCUGAAGCAACAGUCCUUCCAGCCCCAUACUCUUACAGCGCAGCAGGCUCGGCAGAAAGCAAGGGACUUUACGGGAGCAGGUUGUACCGAGCCCAUCUCAUCCCAUGCUCUCCCGGCCACCGAAGUCAUCGAAGAGCCCGUUGAGGAGGGCUUCAUAGACAGGUUCAAGACCUUCUUCCGCAUGGGGUCUCUGCUUCAGGAGAACGGCCAUGACCCUCAGACAGCGGAGCAAGUCGAGCUUCCCAUCAAAUGUCAAGGCCGCGAUCAUCUGAGCCCAGAAGAGGCAGAAGACCACGAGAACUACGUUCGCUCGACCUUGGCGGAAGCCAGCGACAUGAACUUCGAAGUUCGGAAGAUCAUCGACCUGGCUGGGGAAGCGGCAGUUUGCGAGAAUUUAACCGAGGCGACUAAGGACAACUGCAAGGCCAUGGCCAGGGACAUGAUCACGCUGAAGGUUUUCAUGGAGUUGAAGGGGAGCAAGAAGGUCCUAGAGGGCCUCGAGAACAACAUCAUCGCUCGCGAGGAGGAGGUCGAGGCAGUCGUGGACAUGGGCAUCUGA